AUGAGCAAGACAGAUGCCACUGAUUCGGCCACGCAAAAACAAGAUCUGAAUGAAUACGAACAACAUUACUUCAGUUCCUAUGAUCAUCAUGGUAUCCAUGAAGAAAUGCUUCAAGAUUCGGUAAGAACGCUUUCUUACCGCAACGCGAUUGUUCAAAACAAGGAUUUGUUCGAGGAUAAAAUCGUGCUAGAUGUUGGAUGCGGUACAGGGAUUCUGUCGAUGUUUGCUGCGAAAAACGGUGCCAAACAUGUUAUUGGCGUUGACAUGUCGAGCAUCAUUGAAAUGGCCCGCGAAAUCGUUGAUCUCAACGGAUUCUCGGAUAAAAUCACUCUACUUCGCGGAAAGUUGGAAGAUGUCGAAUUGCCUUACCCCAAAGUUGACAUCAUCAUAUCUGAAUGGAUGGGUUACUUUCUGUUGUACGAGUCCAUGAUGGACACCGUUUUGUUGGCCCGUGAUCGUUACCUAGUCGAAGGGGGUUUGAUUCUUCCAGACAAAUGCUCAAUUCACGUUGCUGGUAUCGAAGAUGCUCAGUACAAGGACGAAAAACUCAACUACUGGCAAGACGUCUACGGCUUUGAUUACUCGCCAUUCAUCCCACUAGUCAAAAGAGAACCACUCGUCGAUACUGUCAACCACAGUGCCGUUAACACCACGAGAGCCAAGCUGAUCGAAUUCGACCUGAACACCAUCACUGUCGCCGAUUUGGCCUUUAAGUCGAAAUUCAAGCUUGAAGCUAAGAGCCAAGAUUUCAUAAACGGGCUCAUUAGUUGGUUCGACAUUGAAUUUCCUGCGCCAAAGGGCAAAAAACCCAUCACUUUUUCGACAGGUGCCCAUGCUCCUUACACGCACUGGAAACAAACCGUAUUCUAUCUAGAGGACGACCUAGAGUGUGAAAAAGGUGAUGUCCUGGAAGGUGAAUUAACUUGCACUCCAAACAAGACUAACAACAGAGACCUUGACGUUAAAAUCGUUUACGAUUUCAAAGCUAAGGGUGUGGAGUCGGCCCAGAGGUCAAAGAAGAACACAAACUUGUAUGUGAUGCAUUGA